GCCGUGCGUGCGUGCGGCAGCGGCGGCGCAGCGUCCCCUGCCCCGAAUGAAAGGGAAGGUCCCAGCGCUAGCGAGCGAGCGGUUCUGAGCGCCCAGCGGCGAGCGGCCCCCGAGUCCUCGGUCCCCGGCGCCCCGCCCACCUGGCAUUUGUGAGGACAGAAGUGUCAUUCUAAAGCCAUUUUAAAAAUCAUGACAAGCUCAAUUGGACAGAAAAAAGGGUCUUCAAGGCAACGGAAGUGUGGUUUUUGUAGGUCUAAUAAAGAUAAUGAAUGUGGACAACUAUUGAUGUCUGAAAACCAGAAGGUGGCAGCACAUCACAAAUGUAUGCUAUUUUCGUCGGCAUUGGUAUCUUCACACUCUGAUAAUGAGAGUCUCGGUGGAUUUUCUAUUGAAGAUGUUCAAAAGGAAAUAAAAAGAGGCACUAAACUGAUGUGCUCUUUAUGCCAUUGUCCAGGAGCAACCAUUGGUUGUGAUGUGAAAACGUGUCACAAGACAUAUCACUACUACUGUGCAUUGCAUGAUAAAGCUCAAAUAAGAGAGAAACCCUCACAAGGCAUUUACAUGAUUUUAUGCCGAAAACACAAGAAAACUACACGUAACUCUGAAGCAGAUUUAGAAGAAGGUGUCAAUGAACACGAAUUGGAGCCUUCACCACCCAAAGGAAAAAAGAGGGGUCGUAAGGGAAAGCCAAGAAAAACAAAUCUCAAAGGGCAGUCAGAAGACACUAGAUCUACAUCCUCACAUGGCACAGAUGAAAUAGAAAGCAGUUCCUAUAGAGACAGGUCUCCCCACAGAAGCAGUCCCAGUGAUACAAAACCUAAAUGUGGAUUCUGUCAUGCAGGUGAAGAAGAAAAUGAAGCUAGAGGAAAGCUUCAUAUAUUUAAUGCCAAAAAGGCAGCAGCACACUAUAAGUGUAUGUUGUUCUCUUCUGGCACUGUCCAGCUAACAACAACAUCAAGGGCAGAGUUUGGUGAUUUUGAUAUAAAAACUGUACUUCAGGAGAUCAAGAGAGGAAAAAGAAUGAAAUGCACUCUUUGCAGUCAGCCGGGGGCUACUAUUGGAUGUGAAAUUAAAGCCUGUAUCAAGACUUACCAUUACCACUGUGGAGUACAAGACAAAGCUAAAUACAUUGAGAAUAUGUCACGAGGAAUUUACAAACUCUAUUGUAAAAACCAUAGUGGGAACGAUGAAAGGGAUGAAGAGGAUGAAGAAAGAGAAAGCAAAAGCCGUGGGAAAUCAGGCUCUGACCAUAGUAGCAUUCCUCAGCAACAACUCAAUGGAAACUAGGUAUGGAAGUUACUCCUGGCAGCUCUGUUACUGAGACUGAGAAACACAACAUUCAUUUGAUGUAGUUAAUCACAGUAAAAUGUUUAAAUCUAGUAUAUGCAGAUAAGUUCUUUUUAUUGGUGUACUGCAGAAGAAUGGGGAACUUUUUUUUAAACUUCAGCUGAUUUUAUAAUAAUAUUAGGGAGGCCUCACGUCUGUCGAUAAAUGUAGAUGUAAUGUCAGAUCUGUUAGAUGCUCUUCUCUUUAUAUGAUUUUAAAUUUACUAUUGUUUUCAUCGUUUUUUAAACAGGUUCAAGGGACAGAGUUAGAGAACUGGGAAUGAAUAAGACAUCCAUAACUACUAAUACUUUUUAAUUGUUUUCUAAGAUCAGAAAAGGGUUAGUAACUUUUUACGGCCCGAUUCUGUUAGAAAUUUCAUUGAACUGCCUGAAACGUUCAUGUGUGUGAGCCUUCAAUAAGUGGCAGAGUUUUACAUGUCAAUAUUAUGUAGUUUGUAGUCUGCAGUGUCUGGAAAAAAUUGAAACACUAUAUAAAUGAUAUGUAAUAUGUACAGUGUCAAAAGUUAAGGCAGACAUUGAAAUGAAGUAAGCUCUAUAUUUCUGGACUGAAUAAAAAUCUAAGAUUUGGAAUGUGUAAGUUGUUUAGUGGAUUCAUGCACCAAGGGAAAGUCUUAGUAAGAUUAAUUCACAACAUGGACAGACAAGUCCAUGGUGGUAACAAACUGGUAACUCAUGAGUUUUGCAUUUUCUUUAUAUACAAAAUAUGGAGGAUAAAUGUGUGUGGGGGGAAAUCGCUCUCUGUUUUUGCUUGCAAAGCACACAGUAGAAAAAGAACUCAGUGCACGCAGAAGCAUGCUUGAACCUUUCAGUUUGUUCCUGUUGUGAUUGUUCCUACUGCCCAGCAUUCCUUGCUGGAGAUUUACCUGAGCAGCUGUUGGUUACAAGCUGCAAGCUUCAGUACUCAUGCCAAAGGGCUGUAGUUUGUUCUUUCCCCAACAGUCCACCUCUAUAUUCCUAACGUACCAAGAACCUCUCACUAAGUGUGACUCAAACUAACUUUUGGAAGCUGCAACCCAACGUCUUUAGAUUUCGAAGAGUUACUACUUUAACUUCUAUGGAAUUUAGCCACCUUAUCUGACAUCCAUACCUCAAGUGCUCUGUGUUGCGUGGAACACUUCAUGUUUUGUCCAAAAUACAUAUACAGGUCCCACGUGCUGUAAGGAGAAGGAAUCAACUUUUUGGGGGGGGGGGGGGGGAAAUCAGUAUUUAUUUUGAAUCUUGUGACCACUAUAUAAGAAAAUCUUCUUACCAUUCUUAAUGCUUUUAGCAUUUGAUUAAUUUUUCUUGUCAAAUCAACAAUCAUCCCAUGGCAUUUCAUGUACCUAGAGGUCAAUGUUCCAUUAGAGAAUAAUCAGGUUUAGAUUAUACCAAAUCUAACAGCUCAGUUCCCUAACUUUUUUCAUACAGCUCUGGCAUGUCUAGUUGCUGAUAAAUAGCUUCUUCUGCUGGUCCGAUUGAAGCACAUUAGCCGAUUCAUUUAAAAUAAAACCAAAAACUUAGUUAUUAAGUUAAGUCUUUUCUAAUGCUUCCGGGCAUCUCAUUGCUUAGGAAGGGUUCUGGCUCUUUCUGAAUACCCAAUAAACCGUUUAGAUUUGAAGUAAAGCAGUAAGCAAGAUACUCUGACAAUUUGACUAAAAACAGCAAAGGUUCAUCUGCAGUUGAUAUUAAGAAGCAGUUCAUUUGUAACAAGUUUCUGUAGCCUUUUUUUACUUGUAUUUUUAAAAGAUUUAACAUGUCAUUGUCUUUUCAUGUGUUUCUUUAAUGUCUCAAGGGACUCAACUGUUGUAUAUUAAAUUUCUAACACUUUACCAUGUUAGAAUUCAAUCUGUUUUGGGGGAAAAUGCAGUUUUAGUAGAAAUAUUACUGUGUACAGAAAAUAUUCAGUUACUGCUCUAAACAUGCCAUUGAUCAUUCUUAUUUUGUAUUUGUAACUUUCAAAAUUAAAGGCAUGACUUGAAUUGCAAUGACAGAUUGAUUGAGAUUGUUUACCAAGGUGUUUGCUUUUUUCUAGAAUAUGAACAUUUUUCAGCUACGCAGAACGGUUUCAGAAUGCAAAAUGUCUGUCACCCUGCCUAGAUUAGGUUCUAGGUUUCGUGCCUCAAACAUGGCCUUCCCAUGGAAUAAAGGCACUUUAUUGUUUGCAACUACUGUAUUUUUGGUUAAGGAAGGAUGAAAGGUACAAUGGGGUAGAUUUGCCAAUAUAAUCAUUGUAUUUUUCACUAAGUUCUAAUUCACAUUGUGUUGAUUGCUGGAUUUAAUAGUCUAAUAAUUCAUUAUGGGUAAAAUCAUUUAUCUCUCCGCAUGCCACUAGCAACAAUAACAACACUUUACCUUUGAGUAGCAGAAGAGCAAGUGGCUGGCUACCCAUUGGGGCUGACUAAACCAUCAUUAAUUCAGAACUCAUGGAAACUAAAAGUCAAUACCGAAAGCGGUUUUUGUUACAAGCCUCAAAUUCAUGUUCUAAUUUACUUCAUCUUGUCAUGUAUGCUGGGUAAAAGUGCCUUACAAUGUAAAAAUUGUAUUUAUAUGUUCCCAAGUAGUAUCACUUGCUGAGGAGUAAUUCUGUCAUGGUGUUAAUAUUUAGAAGAAAUGUACCUCAGCAGUGCAUUUACUGUACAUCUCCUAUGUCCUUAGCUGUAGUUUUAAUAAGCAUGAAAAUGUAUGAUAGGUAUACAACAUUUACAUCAUUUUUUAAAGAUGAAAUACUGCCAUUACUGUCUUUUUAUGUGCAUUUUAGCUUGAAAUUUUGGACAGUUUGUCUUUUUUGUAAAGCAAUGUAAUCUUUGCAAGCAUAUAUUGAAGAUUAUUCUGCAGCAUUUACUGCCUUCCCAGAGGUUAGAAGUAAUGAAUGUGCUUUAUAGGUAAAAUAGAUUUGUUUAAAUUAACUAGUUAAAUUAAUAAGGUUUAUUUGUUCCUGGCAUUUUUUUUUCAAAUAGGCAGCUUUUGUUUUCAUCUCACUAUCAGAAAACAAUCUCGAAUUUAAGAAAACUCGUCUUAUGAAACUGAUUUCCCUGAAUUUAGUUACUUUAGGUCUUUUUGGCAUUUCUUGCCCACAAGAGCAGUGUGUCUCUGUUCAAGAGACUCAUGGAACCCACCUAUAAUGGGAGAUUUUUUUCCACAAAAUAAUAUAUUAAAUAGUUUCAUUAUAUCAGCAAAGGGCUUGCCUUUAAAAAGAUCCCUUCUACUGCUCUUUUCCCAGGGAGAGCUGGCAAGACCUGUCUACCUGAGCAGUUGUAGGGUACUGGGAGCUGGGGGAGGAAGGCUAUUGGCAAAAUUCCCUGAGACUCUGGUUUAUACAUGUUUGAAGAGGUUCCAUGUGGUGGCACAAAGUGGCCACACAUUUAUUUGUGAGGGAAGCUACAAAGGGUCAGCCUAGCACCAGUGUAGGUGGCACUGGCUGGAAAGGGGACAUGGGCACUGUGGUUAAAGGGUUCACUCAUUCAGCAGGUGUUUGCCAACAGGAGAACCUGUUCCUAGAGUCCUGGUGGGAAUUCCACCUGCCAACACCCAUGGAGGGCAGCAGUGAAUACACCACUUACACUCCUCAAAGAUGAAUCUCCCUUGCGUACAAGGACUUUGCUGGUUUAGGGAGGCAUAAUUACACUUCCAUGUGCCAGCUUUGCUGAAUUUGGACCCAAGUCUCACCUUCUAGUACAGUGGUUCUCAACCUUUCCAGACUAGUGUACCCCUUUCAGGAGGCUGAUUUUGUCUUGCAUACCCUAAGUUUCACCUCCCUUAAAAACUAUGUGCUUACAAAAUCAGACAUAAAAAUACAAAAAAGUGUCACAGCACACUGUUACUGAAAAAUUGCUUGCUUUCUCAUUUUGACCAUAAAAUAAUUUACCAUAAAAUAAAUUAAAUGGGAUAUAAAUAUUGUACUUAAAGUAUAUAGAGCAUUAUAAACAAGUCUGUCUGAAAUUUUAGUUCAUAACUUUGCUAGUGCUUUUAUAUAGCCUACUGUAAAACUAGGCAAAUAUCUAGAUGAGUACUCCCUAAAAGACCUCUGUGUACCCCCAGAGGGGUACACCAACCCCCAGUUGAGAACCACUGUUCUAGUGGACAGCAGCUGUAGCAAGACCAGCAGCCGGGAAUUGCUUCUUACUGUUGUUCCAUAUAGGAAGGGGUAACUUCUUAGACCAGAGCAGAGCAGAGGAGAUGAUAUUCCCACCCUACCCCACCCCUUGAAAUGUCACACUUAUCUGAUGUGAUAAUUGCUAUAAUCCAAGAAGAUUAGUAAAAUUGAACCAAUAUGCUAGUGGAAUUAACCUUCAUUAUCAGCACAGCGAAACUUAACUAUCAGAGGACUGAAAGUAUAUUGCAACAAAUAGUAACUCUCCUUCCAUUUCACUAUAAACAGAUUCCACCACAGUAAUGAUGGAGGUUAACAGAGCACAGCUCUUGAUUUAUAUAUACUUGCUGAAGCAGUUUCUAUGUAUGCAUAUGUACGCACACUCAGUAGUCAGCAGAGACAUCUCAACCCUGAAAGGAUUCUGGAGGACUGUUGCUUAUUGAAAAGCACUCAGAUUAGACCAGCUUUAACAUCGAUUUACAUCAGAUGUAAAGACAAGGAAUGUAUAAAGAGGGUAAACACAUUCCUAUCUGCAAUGUUAUGUAUAUUUUGUUCCUGUUAUAUUGGCUUUACUUCCAAAGUUGUAGUUUGCAGUAUUUUUUUUAUUGGUAUCAUUGCAUAUAUAUUCAAUAAAUGAGUUACUAAUUUCA